CGCUUCAUGAAAAACCCAUUACUUUCAAGCAGACACUGAGCGAUUGGGGGAUGUUGUGACAUCUAGUGGACACGGACUCAGACUCCUGAAUCAGAUACUGAGACGCACUGAGGAGAAUCCGUGGCGUCCUUCCUCUCGGUUACUGCAUCACAUGUGUUCAUGAAAGACAUUAUUAAUUCAUGUCAUUCACAUAAUGGACAGAAAGUUUAGUUCCUCCUCUCCGUCACCGAUGGACGAUAACGGCCGGUUUGCAUAAAGGGGGAUUAUAUAAAUAUCACAUAAAUCCUGUUCAGACUCACAGCAUCGUCAGACCUGCAGACCACAUCUCUCUUUAAGCUUCCAACUGAUCGCAGUAAAGAACACAAGUAAACAUGGAGACGGCCGUGUUCAACUGCUGGCUCCUCUUUCUGCUGUUCAGCCCGACUGUUCCCAUGUGUUUGCCCACAGACUUCACUCUGUAUGUGGAGAAGCCGGAGUGUGACUUCUGUGUGGCCAUCAACACGACGAGCUGCAUGGGAUUCUGCAAAUCAUGGGAACGCAACUUGAGGGACAGCUUUGGCCCGCGUGUCGUCCAGAGAGGCUGCACCUAUGACGAGGUGACGUACCGCACGGUGGUGCUGCCCGGCUGUCCCGUUAACACCAACCCUCUCUUCACCUACCCGGUGGCCCUCAGCUGCCACUGCAGCACCUGCCGGACCGACAGCGACGAGUGCGCCCGCAGAGCCAGCGCGGACAGACCGAGGUGCACCAAACCAGUCAGACAUGUCUACCCAUACCCCGGCCCCAGUGACUACAUGAUCCCUUUGUGA